AAUGAAAAAUAUUUAUUCAGAUUGUUUACAUGUAUUCAAAGAAUGAUGAUCCAAAAAAAUCACACCCAUGCUAAUAAAAAUAAAUUAAAACUGUAAUUUCAAAGUUAUAAAAGUAUCCAACAUUGUAAUACCAAAUGAAUAAAAAAAAUAUGAUAAAAGUAUGUAGAAAAUAAAACAUACACAACAAACAAUAAAUAAGUGAAUAUUCAAAAGCUAAAACUAUAUAUAUAAUUUAGACCGGAAAAGAAUGAUACAAUUAAAUUUGUAGAAAAAUAUUAAUAAAAGUAGACAUAUAUAAAGAUUUUUAGACCAAUUGAUUGAAAAAAUGAGAUCCCAAAAUUAACAAUACGAAGAGAGGCCUGAGGCAGCUGCCUCUUUUCUUAACACAUAGGCACUACUCUGAGUAUACAAUUUUCUUUUAGGAGUAUAGAGAUUAUAAGAUUUAGUUGAUAAAAGAAAAGAGAUUAUAAGAUUUCUUUUAUGCGAUAACAUGAAAAAGAUUAAAUACACGUUAAUCCAGUUUCAUGUUGUAGUAAAAGUACAUUAUUAAAAUAUUUAGGAUCCAGAAAGUAUUUUUGUUUCUACCUACCGUCCAAUGCAAGGCAAGUUUCUAGAGGUGAUUAAAGAGAGAUGUGAUCGUUUAAAUUUACACCAUCUGUUACACUUUUCAAUAUUAGAAAAAGGUCAAACCAAACAAAUGAGUUUGUACUAUAAUCUAUCUGAAAUUAGAUUAUCAGCCAAAAAAAACCCCUUAAAUAACAACCGUUAGAAAAGAGGAAAUCCUCUAACCCAUUACAAAAUCAAAACUUUUUAACAUUUUUUUUUCAUUUUCUGAAAUCCAAGUGAAGUUUUUUCUCUCAAAGGAUAUUUGUUCUUUUCCAUCCUUUUGUUUGUUAUUAUUUCUCAAAAGGAUAAGUAAAUAUAUAGAAGAGAAAUAAUGUGGCUACCAAAAGCAAAUAACGGAGGAAAGAAAGAAACAGGAAAAGGUUCAGUAGCAGUUGCAAUAGACAAAGACAAAGGAAGCCAACAUGCUCUUAAAUGGACCAUCGAAAAUCUUGCUUCUCGUGGCCAAACCAUCUCUCUCAUUCAUGUCCUCUCCAAAUCACAUUCUUCUUCUUCUUCAGAUAUUGCAGAAGCAACACCACAGCAGAAGCAGGAAUCAGAGAAGUUAGCUCAAGAUCUCUUCGUGUCCUUCCACUGUUACUGUUCCCGUAAAGAGAUAAACUGUCAAGACAUAUUACUUGAAGACAUAGAUAAAGUGAGAGCCAUUACCGAAUUUGUUUCAUCUUCCGCAAUAGAAAACCUAGUCGUUGGAGCUGCAUCACGUAAUGGCUUCAUGAGGCGAUUCAAAACGGAUUUGCCAACAACUCUAUCAAAGCAAGCUCCAGAUUUCUGCAAUGUUUAUGUCAUUUCAAAAGGCAAGAUUGCUUCAGUAAGAAAUGCAUCUCGUCCUGCUCCUUAUAAAAGUUCAAAGCAGCUCUCUGAGUUUGACAAUCAACACCCUACCACUCCUGAGAAAGCACCAAAACACCAUGAUCAUAGCCAGUCUGCAGGUUUGAUUACUUCCUUAAAAAAAAAAUGUAUUCUCAGAAUCUGUUCUUAUUAUGUGUUUCAUUGGUUUUUGCAAACAGGUAGUACGCCAUCCAGGCCUCGUCGAUCAGUUGAAUAUGAUUCUAUAAGAUCACCGUUAGUGAGACGACAAGGCAAACAAUAUGGAGACUUAUAUGAUUCAGAUAGCGACCUUUCAUUCAUCAGUCCAUCUUCACAUAGAGACUCUCAUGACAUUUCCUUCAUCAGCUCAGGGAGACCAAGCGUUGACCGCUCUUCCUUCACUCACGAUUUUCCUGAAUCUGGAAGGAGUUCAAGAAUGUCAACAAGCUCAGAGUUUAAGUUCAGUGAUCCUAGUUUCCCUAAUGAAUCAUCUACAUUCUCUGAAGAGAGUGGUGGAACAUCUUCAUAUUCAUCUCAAGGCGUGGAUGAUAUUGAAGCUGAAAUGAAGAGGCUGCGUCUAGAGCUCAAACAAACCAUGGAUAUGUAUAGUACAGCCUGCAAAGAAGCUUUAAGUGCUAGACAACAGGCAUCGGCGCUGCAAAAGCUCAGAACUGAAGAGGAAAGAAGGUUAGAAGAAGCAAAGAGUUCAGAGGAAGCAGCAAUGUCAAUAGUGGAAAAGGAGAGAGCUAAAGCCAAAGCAGCCUUGGAAGCUGCAGAAGCUGCAAAGAGAUUAGCAGAAGUGGAAGCUAAGAGAAGAGUAACUGUAGAAAUGACGGCUUUGAAAGAAUCAGAUUCAUUCUCUCAUGGAUUUGUUCGGUAUAGGAAAUACACUGUUGAAGAAAUAGAAGAAGCCACUUCAAAUUUUGACGAGUCUAAAAAAGUUGGAGAAGGAGGCUAUGGUCCUGUCUUUAGAGGCUAUCUUGAUCACACAAGUGUUGCUGUUAAAGUUCUACGUCCUGAUGCAGCUCAAGGAAGAUCACAGUUUCAAAAAGAGGUUGAAGUGCUGAGCUGCAUAAGGCAUCCUAACAUGGUGCUUCUUCUUGGAGCUUGUCCAGAAUUUGGGAUCCUUGUUUAUGAAUACAUGGCAAAAGGAAGCUUAGAAGAUAGACUUUUCAUGCAAGGCAACACACCGCCAAUUUCUUGGCAGCUACGUUUCAGAAUCGCUGCUGAGAUAGCUACAGGACUACUCUUCCUCCACCAGACCAAACCUGAACCAAUUGUCCACAGAGACCUUAAACCAGCAAACGUGCUCCUAGACUACAACUACGUUAGCAAGAUCAGUGAUGUAGGGCUAGCCAGAUUAGUCCCUGCGGUAGCAGAGAACGUUACACAGUACCGAGUCACUUCAGCUGCAGGAACGUUCUGUUACAUUGAUCCUGAGUAUCAACAGACAGGAAUGUUAGGCGUGAAAUCAGAUGUUUAUUCACUAGGGAUCAUGCUGCUGCAGAUCUUGACAGGGAAACAGCCAAUGGGUUUGACUUAUUACGUUGAACAAGCGAUAGAAGAAGGGAGACUUAAGGAUAUGCUUGAUCCAGCAGUACCAGAUUGGCCUAUGGAAGAAGCCAUGUCGUUAGCUAAGCUUUCACUUCAAUGUGCAGAGUUAAGAAGGAAAGAUAGACCUGAUCUUGGGAAAGAGAUAUUGCCUGAGCUUAAUAGGUUAAGAGAUAUUGGUGAAGAGAGUCUAGGGAAUGUGAUUAAUGCAGGAAGCCACGGGAACUCUGCUAACACUAGCCAAGUCUCCAUCUCAUCAUCUAGUGAUCCUUUUGUAACGAGUUCAGAAUCUCUACCUGAAGAAUCUCAAUCCUAGUAUUGGGAUCAUCUUGUUUUUUUUUAACGCUAAAUAUUUGCAGGAAUUAAAACAAAGACACAGCAAGUUUCUUUGAUGUUCAUCAGAAGCUUGAAGAAGAAGUUAGGGUAGAGCCUAGUGAAUCUGUUA